CAAAUUCAUAAUUAAUGAAAGAGACAGAUCAAAGUCCAAACUGAAACCAAAACAGUUUAUCCAAUUCAAUUCCAAUGUCUUUACUUUGAGGAAAUUAUUUUUUAUAAACUUGCUUCAAAUAGUCACACAUCCACAGUUGCAUUAAACUAAUUACUAUACAUAGAGAGAAUUAUUAUUAUUAUUUUAUGGCUCUGACAUGAUUAUUUUUCCUUUGGAUUUCGCAACUGCUUGAAUUAUUACUCUUACCACAUCUUGUAAACUUGUAAAAUCAGCUUUACAAUUUACAAACUUUCCAACUGGGUUGUUGUUUCUCAGCUGAUUCUGUUAUUCCAGUUCUUGAAAGUCAUGCUUGCCAUGAAGCUCUUUGUUUUCUUGAUUAUUGCUCUCAGUUGCUUCAAGUUGCUGAGAUUUACGGGGGCAAAGUUGGUCCAAGAAGAAGUUGAUGCUCUUGAAGAAAUUACAAGGACAAUGGGUUCAACAUACUGGAAGUUUAAUGCUGAUUCUUGUGAAAUUGAUGCGGUUGGAGUAACACCAGUGCCGCCUACGAAUGCGAAGCACAACAUAGAAUGCCAAUGCAAUAAUGGGAACGUUAAUGAUUGUCAUGUCAUAAAGAUAAUGCUCAAAGGUUAUAAUCUUCCUGGGGUUCUACCUUCUCAACUUGUUAAGCUUCCUUACAUCCAAGAAAUUGAUUUUGCUUACAACUUCCUUAAUGGUUCUAUACCACGCGAAUGGGCUUCAUUGGGAUUGACUUUAAUCUCUGUUCUUGUAAAUCGCCUGUCUGGGGAGAUUCCAAAGGAAUUGGGAAAUAUUACCACUCUCAAGUAUCUGUCCCUUGAAGCCAACCAAUUUUCUGGUGUUAUACCUUCUGAACUUGGAAAGUUAACCAACCUGCAAACAUUGAUGCUCUCUUCCAACAAGUUCAUUGGAAACUUGCCAGUGUCCUUUGCAAGGCUAACUAACGUAACUGAUUUGAGGAUAAAUGAUAACAACUUUAAUGGAACCAUUCCCAACUUUGUACAGAAUUGGAAAAAGCUUACCAGAUUAGAAAUGCAUGCAAGUGGACUGGAGGGGCCCAUCCCAUCAGAUAUUUCUCUUUUGAAUAACUUAGUUGAGUUGAGAAUUAGUGACUUACAAGGACCAAGCCAAGGUUUCCCUAACCUAAGUAACAUGACAGACAUAACAAGAUUGGUUUUGAGAAACUGUAACAUUUCUGGGAAGCUUCCUGCCUACAUCUGGAAGAUGAAGAAUUUGGAAAUGCUGGAUAUGAGUUUCAACAAGUUAGUUGGGAGACUUCCAGAUACCAUACCUGCAGAAAAACUGAGAUUUGUCUUUUUAACUGGCAACUUGCUAAGUGGAGAUGUGCCAGAUUCAAUCAUGAAGGAAGGAAGCAACAUUGACCUGUCAUAUAAUAACUUUACAUUACAAGGGCCUGAGCAACCUGCUUGUCGGGAGAACAUGAACCUAAACUUGAACCUAUAUCGAAGCUCGACGGCAUUGAACAGCUCACAGCUUCUUCCAUGUUUGAAGACUUUCAAAUGUCCUCAGUAUUCAAGUUGUUUGCAUGUUAACAGUGGUGGAAAAGAUACAACCGUCAAGGAAAACAAAACAUCCAUUUUAUAUAAAGGAGAUGUAGCAGUUGAAGGUGGUACAGCAAAAUAUUUUAUAAAUGAGCAAAGUUACUGGGGAUUCAGUAGCACCGGUGACUUUAUGGAUGAUUAUGAUUACCAAAAUACUCGUUAUACUGUGUCUCUGUGGUCAUCAAACACUACGGAAUUGUACUCAACAGCACGCAUAACACCAAUUUCUCUUACAUAUUUCCAUUACUGUUUGAAAAAUGGGAAGUAUAUGGUAAAACUUCACUUCGCAGAAAUACAAUUCACUAAUGGCAAAACAUAUGAGAGUCUGGGGAGGCGCAUAUUUGAUAUUUAUAUUCAGGAAAGAUUGGUAAGGAAAGAUUUCAACAUUGAAGAUGAAAUUGGUGGUGCUCAAAAGCCUUUAGUAGUACCAGUACCUGAUGUCAACGUGACCAAUAAUAUCUUGGAGAUCAGAUUUUAUUUUGCUGGUAAAGGAACAACUAGAAUUCCUGACAGAGGGGUUUAUGGUCCCAUCAUAUCAGCCAUCUCUGUAGCUUCUGAUUUGAAACUUUGUUCAGCUGCUGGAAAGAAGGGAACUGCUUCUACUGCUAUUGGAGUUGUUGCAGGAGUAUCGUGCCUUAUUUUCAUUGUACUGGGAAUUCUUUGGUGGAGAGGCUAUUUGCCAGGAAAAUGGGGAAAAAAGAACGAUCGUGAAAGACUAGAUUUGCCGACAGGGACCUUUUCCUUGAAACAAAUCAGAGCUGCUACUGAUGACUUCAAUCCUGCUAACAAGAUUGGAGAAGGUGGUUUUGGUCCUGUAUACAAGGGUGUAAUGUCUGAUGGAACUGUUAUAGCUGUAAAACAACUCUCAUCUAAAUCAAGGCAAGGAAAUCGCGAAUUCUUGAAUGAGAUAGGAAUGAUUUCUUGUUUGCAACAUGCAAAUCUUGUCAAGCUGCAUGGAUUUUGUGUUGAGAGUGACCAAUUAUUGCUGGUGUAUGAGUACUUGGAAAAUAAUAGUCUUGCCCGUGCUUUGUUCGGUAAUGAAAAUAAACGGCUUAACCUGGAUUGGCCUACGAGGCAUAAAAUCUGUAUUGGCAUUGCUAAGGGUCUUGCUUUCCUCCAUGAAUCAAGAUUUAAGAUUGUUCAUAGAGACAUCAAAGCUACUAAUGUGCUGCUUGAUAAGGACUUGAACCCAAAAAUAUCCGACUUUGGAUUGGCGAGGCUCGAUGAAGAUGAAAAGAGCCACAUCAGCACCCGAGUUGCUGGAACCAUAGGGUAUAUGGCACCAGAAUAUGCGCUAUGGGGUUACCUGACCGACAAAGCAGAUGUUUACAGUUAUGGAGUUGUGGCAUUGGAAAUUGUUAGCGGGAAGAACAACAAUAAUUUUAUGCCAAGCAAUCAUUGUGUUUGUCUCUUAGAUUGGGCCUGCUAUUUGCAACAAAGUGAAGAUCUGAUGCAGCUUGUUGACGAGACAUUGCGGUCUGAGUUUAACAAAGGAGAAGCAGAAAUUAUGGUCAAAGUAGCUUUGUUGUGCACAAACGCAUCCCCUACAAUCAGACCAACCAUGUCCGAGGUUGUGAACAUGCUCGAAGGCCGAACGGACGUUCCGGACGUGGUUCCAGAACCAGGUGGCUACACUGAAGAUUUAAGGUUUAAGGCCAUGAAAGACCUCCGCAAACACUCUCAAAGUUUAAGUGGGAGUCAAACCCAAAACUCAACUACAGCACAUACAUUUGGCUCUUCCUCAUCUGACCAUAACACCUAUGAGAUCAAUCCAGAAUAGAAACCCUAACUGUACCUGGGUACUAAUUGGACACUUGAAGAGAGCCAUUGUCACCAAGAAAAAACAAGUUCUUGAGCAAUUGCUCAUUGGAAUUUUGAUAAUUAAAUACAGGUGGGGAUGCAUUGAUAUUGUGUAAAUAUUUUGUAAAAUUUUAUGAAAUUAUAAAUAUAAUUUAUUCAAA